UACGUAUGUUUUCCCGCUCAAGAUCAACUCUUGAUGGCGGAAAGGCAACACAGACUUGUGAGCGUAAAAAUGUCAGCGGGCGAAUGAAUUUCAGGGUCUAAAUAGGAACGACAUUUCGGCAUAAUUCGUGAUAAGAAUUCGAGUGCAAUGAAUCUUUUAACUUCAUCAACAAUUCGGUUGAUUGCCAGUUCGCAGGUAAUUACCUCCGUUAGCUCAGUUGUGAAAGAACUGAUCGAGAAUUCUCUCGAUGCAGGGGCCUCGAACAUUGAAAUCAAACUGGAUGGAUGGGGUCUAGAAAGAAUUGAAGUUCGAGAUAAUGGUUGCGGUAUUAAAUGUGAUGAUGACCCUUAUAUGGCCCAGCCCCAUUAUACAUCAAAAAUAUUGACUGACAAUGACUUGAAAUCUCUACAAACCUACGGUUUCCGUGGUGAAGCCCUAGCGUCACUGUCAUCUGUCAGCAAUGUGUCUAUAUUAACCAAAACGGAAACUGAAGAAGUUGGUGUGUUGUACACAUUGGAACGUGACGGGAAGAUUGUAGCCACCAAACCAAAACCUACAACAACGGGGACAACAGUUUUAGCUACAAAUUUAUUUAAAAACCUCCCAGUGAGAAAACAGUUUUUAAGCAACACCAAAAAAUGUAAAGAAGAGUUGAAAAGAGUGGAAGACUUGGUGAUGGCGUAUGCACUCAUUCGUCCCUCUCUGAGAAUCAUUUUGCGGCACAACAGGACGGUUGUUUGGCAAAAGAGUAAAGUUGCAGAUGAGCGAACAGCGUUAUUGACAGUGUUUGGAAUGUCUUUGUUGGCACAAAUGGGUUCAGUUGAGUAUCACGAUGAUAAAGAGAAUGGCAUUCAUAUACUUGGAUACCUUCCCAGGCCAGGAUCUGAUAUGGAGUUUACUGGGCGUGCAGUGAAUGACCGAUGUUUUAUAUUUUUUAAUGGAAGGCCUGUUAAUAUGAAACAGAUAUCUCAGUUGGUCAAGCAGUACUACAAUAGGCAAGCACCUGUUACAUCAAACAGAUAUCCUGUUGCUUUCCUAAGUAUCACAAUACCUCCUGAAGGUCUUGACGUCAAUCUGGAACCCAACAAAACUAGAGUGAUGCUGACAAACCAAGAUGAACUAAUGACAGUUUUGAUAAAGCUGUUAGAUGAUUUUUAUGCAGAGGAGAAGAACAAGCUCCCUGCAGCUCAAAAUCAUGGUUGUGAUGUUGCUGCUGGUAAACUUGGUGACAUUACCAACACUUGUAGCUUGGACUGGGAGAGUGGUAAAAACAGUCAACAAGGAACAGGUGCACUAGUGGAGAGCAACAUUUUACAUAAUAACAUGCUAAGCAAGGAGCACAAAAUUGACAAUAACCAUAGUGAGCAAGCAAAUGGUAGGGAUACAAUUUGCAGUAAAAUCCCCACAAGUACUUCAAGCAAGGAGAAAGAUUUGCUGAUAGAAGAAUUGUCUUGCCACAAAGGAAAAAGUCUAAACAGCCAAGAGAAAGAUGCACUUAAAUCUCCAACUCAGGCAACAAAGAAUGCAGAAUUGGUAUAUGAUGUUCCUGUUUUCAGGAAUACAGAUGUAGCCAGUUUGAAUGAAAAAGACUCAUUCCAGUCAAAUAAUUUGAAGUCGAAAGCACUCUUUGAAUCAUUAAGUGACAAGGCCAUUGAUGAAAUCAAUGAAUCAGUAGAUGACCCAAAUGCAGCUGAUAAGGAGAAAAUACUGGGAAAAAGUCAGGAAUUAUCUGGAAAUAAAAGUUUGACAUCUACUGCUGCCAACAGUUUCCCUGUCAGGAAUUUGUUUUCACUUAAUCUGGAUGAUUUGUUUGAAGAUUCUGGGUUAGAGACCAGUGGUGUCACCUCCAACUUAAAUAUAUCAAGUCCAUCCAAUGAUGUUUACACUGUCAAGAAGUCUAAUCUACCUAAUGUGCCAUCCACUGUGAGGCAAGAGGGAACAACAUGUGGUGAGGAAACCUCUAAGGGACAUUCAUCUGACCAUUCUGAGGUGCACUGUACAGACAAGGCAUGGAGCAUGGGAGGUGGAAUUGUUGACAAGCAAGGAAAUCCUGUGCAGCCCGUGUCGUUGGUGACCCCUGGUCAUUCAAGAACACUCUCUUUGAAUAGGACUACUUUCAGUCUGUUACCUCAUCGUGCAAAGAGGAAGCACACGUAUGAUCAGGACAAGUCAAGGCUAUCUCUUUCUAGCAAGAAGAUAAAGAAAAUGCCAGAAAUAACCAACCAACCACUAAUAAACAAAGUCAUGUCACCAAAUCCUCUUCAAAGAAAACUUCUCUACAAGAAAAAAGAAGUUCAGUUUUGUUUGGGUGACUUGAAGGAUUUGGCAAAAAGGAGAGCCAAAGAACCAAGCUUUUUAGAAGAUCAUUCCAGAACAGACCAUUUGAUUGGUCGGCUGGAUCCCUGGGGAGUUUGGCUAAUCCAGAAAGGAAAGGAUCUUGUUUGUGUCAAUCAGUACAGAGUACAAGAGCAGCUUCUCUUCCAACGCCUGAUGGCUUGUCAUUCUCUUCCGAAAGAAAGGCUUGAUCAUCCCAUCAUUUUAAAUGAGAGAAGUGUUGGUGGUCUUAAUUGUUGGACAACGUUGUGUAAUUUGAGUGUCAAUUGUAACCCACCAGACACCACAAGAUGGAUUGAUGACAAACGAUUGACAGCAAAUGGAUUCGAUAUCUGUUUCAAAACAAAUGUUGAAAGUGGAGAGACCAGAGUGGAGUUACAUGAGGUAUCUACUAGCAUACCCUUUUAUGGAGUGCCCGAUUUGGUCGAAGUUCUCGAGCUUAUUUGUCAAAAGGAAAGCGGUGAUUCCAAUUGUCUAUCAGAGUGCCGACCUUUUAAAGUUAUCCACUAUCUCCAGAGCGAAGCGGUUCGGAUUGCUCGUUCGCUCAGUUCCCGGAUGAACAGAAGUGAAGUGGAUGAGCUACUGUCCCGGAUGGAAAACGAAAUUCCUCAGGAUUUGAGAAAAUGUGUGCAGGAUCGUCCAUUCUUUUUAACGAUCGCGCCAAUCUCAAAAGACUGAACAAGGAAUACGAAAAGUUGUUGCAAGAGAGCAUCCAUGACAGAUCUAAAUAAAUAUCCUCCUUUAAUUA